ACCGAAGCGGCAGCUCAAGUGUGACGUUUCCUUUCUUCCUGGCGCCUCGCUGCGGAUUUAAAUAGCACUCAGCUCUCCCGGCGCGCUUCCCAGCCACCUAGCCCCGGGAGGUCAGGCUGGCGCGCCCGGGGAACGUCCUGGGACACAAGCGACAGCAGCGCGUCUCCCGCCGCGGGAGGAACAUGGUGUGGGUGACCCGCGCGAACGCCCCGCCGCGCACGCGCCACGAGAGGCUUGGGGACGGGGCCGCGCGAGGGCCCCAUCGCGCACGCGCAAUGAGCGGCUCGGGGGCGGGGUCACGCGGAGGCGGAGCCCGGACGCGCGGGAACCUCCUGCCGGGCUGGCCUCCUCGGCCUCCGCCGCGCGUUAUGGACCUGUCUGUGCCUGGGUACUCGCCCAGUUUCAAAAGGCCGCCCGAGACACUGCGGCUCCGCCGGAAAAGGGGUCGGAGCCUCGGCGCCACUUCGUCGCCCGCAGAGCGGCCGGAGCCGGCGACCCGCCGCGCCGCCCGAGCGGCCGGGCUGCCCCUCCGCCCUUUCCCGGCGACGGGCAGAGGCGGAGGCGGCGGCCCGGCCGGGGCCCGAAGGAACCCCUUCGCCCGCCUGGACAACCGGCCGCGGGCCGCCUCCGAGCCUCCCGAGGGCCCGCCCCGCGGCCAGCAGGAGGCGCCUGGCCCGUUUUUAGAUUCUAAUCAAGAAAAUGAUUUGCUCUGGGAAGAGAAGGUUCCUGAAAGAACAGCCAUUACAGAAUUACACCAGGUAGUGAUAAGUCCAACGCAUCACUCAGAACCAGUGCCUCCAGGCUUAUCCCGAGUUCCCCCAAGACCCAGUCUCCCUUCCUUGCAAGUGAAUGGCCUUCAGACUCCUCAUGUAUCAUUCUCCGAAUCUGAUAUUCCACCCUCAGAAAGUACUGAGUUACCUGUGGACUGGAGCAUUAAAACACGACUCCUUUUCACCUCUUCUCAACCCUUUACCUGGGCAGAUCAUUUGAAAGCCCAGGAAGAGGCUCAAGGUAUCAUCCAGCAUUGCAGGGCAACAGAAGUUACUUUGCCUCAAAGUAUACAGGAUCCCAAACUCUCCACUGAGCUCCGCUGUGCUUUCCAGCGGAGCCUCAUCUAUUGGCUCCACCCUGCCUUGUCUUGGCUGCCAUUGUUCCCUCGUAUCGGAGCUGACAGAAAAAUGGCUGGAAAGACAACCCCGUGGUCAAAUGAUGAAACCCUGCAGCAUGUGUUAAUGAGUGACUGGUCUGUGAGCUUUACUUCUCUAUAUAACCUGCUGAAGACAAAACUUUGCCCUUAUUUCUACGUUUGUACCUAUCAGUUUACUAUCCUGUUCCGUGCAGCAGGGUUAGCAGGAGAUGAUGUAAUCACGGCUCUCAUAUCUCCUACAACUAGAGGUAUAAGAGAAGCUAUGAAAAACGAAGGUAUUGAGUUUUCUCUGCCUUUAAUAAAAGAAAAUGGCCCUGAGAAGAGGAAAGUGUCUGGAACAGGCUUGCGACACGGGGAGGAGCAAGCCAUCAGUGAUGAGGAUGAAGAAGAAAGUUUUUCCUGGCUGGAAGAGAUGGGUGUGCAAGAUAAAAUUAAAAAACCAGACGUGCUUUCUAUCAAGCUGCGUAAAGAGAUACAUGAAGUACAAAUGGAUCACAGACCAGAGUCUGUUGUGUUGGUGAAGGGAAUGAAUACCUUUACACUGCUAAAUUUUUUGAUCAACUGUAAGAGUUUAAUUGCUACCUCAGGUCCACAGGCAGGACUUCCACCAACCCUCUUAUCCCCAGUAGCUUUCCGAGGUGCCACAAUGCAAAUGCUUAAGGCUCGAAGUGUGAAUGUGAAGACACAAGCUCUUUCUGGAUACAGAAAUCAGUUUAGCUUGGAGAUUACAGGCCCCAUUAUGCCUCAUUCUCUACACUCUGUGACGAUGCUACUCCAGUCUUCACAGAAUGGGUCGUUUUCUGCAGGACUGUAUACACAUGAGCCAACUGCUGUAUUUAAUAUCUGCCCACCAAAGGAUAAUGUACUGGAUAAGGAGGCUGUUCACAAGGAGCUUGCCAAUUGUGGAUUGCACCCUAAAACUCUGGACCACCUUUGUCAAACACCAAUACUGGGAAAAUUGUCCUUACGGCAUGUGGAAAUGAGGGACUACAUUUAUAAUUGGAGAUCCUGAACACCAAAGUAAGCCUAAAAGGAAUCUAUGAGGAAAAAAGCCUUCUAGCAAGGAAAUUCAAGAUGGCUUUAAAGUUCACUUUGGAAGUUACCCAAAUGUUUACAGAUAUUAAUCUUUCACAGUAACCUUUUAUUACAUGCACUAAGUGUAAGAGUAGGAUUAAGGUUUUAAAAUUUUGUUUUUACUCUUUUGAUGAAGAUAAAACUUUUUUAAAACUUGAAUGAAAAUUCUAGAUCCAUUAAUUAUAAACUGGGUAGAAAAAUGAGUGUUUCAAUGCAAAUGGAAAUUGAGGAUUAGUAUCCAUUAUCUUGAGACACUGUGAGUAAGGGCAUUGGGGCAAAACUAACAGUUGACUUAGGAGACAGCUUGUCUACUGGGCUGACCGAUGGUGCUUCCACCUCAGCUGUUUCCCUGUUUAUGAUUCCACUGUUCUCAAAUACUUGUUUUAAUGCGUGUUCAUUCCGAUUAGGGUAUUUUGUAUUCCGUAUAGAAUAGGGUCAAGAGUUGUAAAGUUUGCUCAGCUGUCAUGACAAAGCAGUAUUUAGUAUGUUCUUGUAGGUUAUUUGUGUGUGUGUGUGUGUGUGUGUGUGUGUGUGUGUAUACAUAUAUAAUUCAAAUUUUCCCAAAUAAAAGUGCUUAGAAAUCAAAA